AUGGUGCGUUCGGCUUAUGAUCCUCUUUUCAAUGAGACUUUCGAGGCCCUUAUGAGCGAUGCGCCAAGCUUCAAAGACUCAGGUGCGUCCGAAUGUCUGCCGAGGCUUGUGAGCUUCCUAGUGCUUCUGUUAGCUUUGGUCUCACCGUGCGCAGCCCAGAAUGAGGAAGAGGAGGUCAUCGAUUUUAGCAUCGCCAACGAGGGCAGCGUGAACUCGUUGGAGGAGGUGGUCAGUGGGGUGUUGCUCAUCUAUGGAGAGAUCGACACGGAUUUGCUGACCACAGGUGACAUCGACAUCGUGGUGAAAGAAACCCUUGGGAAGGUCUGCAAGAACUUCGAGCGGACCACGGGUGCGCCGACGCUGACGAAGAUGUUCGUCGAUGUGCGGACAGUGGGUCAAGUUCGCCUAGGCUUGAACUAUUCCUGGCAGAUCCUUCCGCCUGUAGAAGCCCCGAGCUCGGUUGCAUCAAUAGAUUGGCCAUGGUGGGUUUCGGCCCCAAGGAGCCGCCCUUCGACCGGUACCCAGCACCGCCCAUCAGGCAGCUGCUCGCAAGCGAACUGGCGCUGCACCCACCGACUAGGCUGUUGA